AAGUAUUGAUAUUCUUGAAAAGGUCACAAUGGUUUGUAAAGCUAGCCUCCAUAUUGACAUUAUCAGGACACACGUUUUAAACGUAACCUUCUUACUCCCCUGAUUUCUGCUCAUAGGAAAUAUGAAAAAUAUGCGGACACCUUCUUUCACGGAAAAGAUCUGUUAAGGAUCUUAAAGGAUUUCUGAUUGAACAAAUAAACAUGUAUAAUGCACUAGAGAACUCAAUGGAUACCAUCUCAGAGGACAGACAGUGUUACAGUGGCUGGAAGUUUAGAAUUCUAGCAUUUGGAUUGUGCUCGAUAGUGUGCAGUUGGAUAGCAAUGGUGGCCAAAAGUACAGGUGAAGAAACAGACGCACGCGAAACUCCUUUUCAAACUUGCAGCGAGCCUGACUCAGAUCGCAAGCUUACAGAUUUUACUCGAAUACAAAUGGAAGCAAUUGUUAAACGUUUUAAACUAAAAGAUCCAACUGAUAUAGAAUUAUUACCUGCGUAUUUGGAGAAAUGGGCUGAGUGGGAAGAAGCUAUUUUGGAAACAAAUAUAAGCAUAUUGGACCUGAGUCCUAUUCCAUUUUUGUCGGACUAUAGAUCACCUUGCUGGAUUAGCCGAUUAUCAAGCCAUCCCCCAGAAUAUGUCUGGAGCCGUGGUAGAGAGAAUGAUAUCGUUAUGCGUUACUGGCAGGAAUCGCAUGAUGAUGGUGUUCGAUUUCGGCUACGAUGUCUUCCGUACUUUUACAUUGUUGGUGUUGUAAAAUCUGGCACGACUGAUCUGUUUCACCGAAUAUGUAGUCAUCCGGAUGUUGCUGAAGUCCUUAGGAAGGAAUAUCAUUGGUGGUCAUAUCUGAGGCCACCUGAUGGUGAACUGGUUCGGGAGAAACAUGGCGGAGAUUCUGGACUCCCCGUUCCGAUGAGCGUCUACGUGAACGCCUUUGAUGUUCCAGCUGAAGAUAUCAGGAAUUCCUCUGCGCUGCAUCUUAUCAUAGGCGAUGGCAGUCCAAGUACAGCCACACACAUUACAACUGAAUCUAGCAGUCCAAUGGGCCCAGAACUGAUCAAUGCAGAUUUCAUAUAUCAUGUGACACCACAGGCGAGAAUCAUUUACAUAGUGAGGGAUCCGGUAGAGAGAUUGUAUUCGGCAUAUUUGUUCUUCCAUCAAUACGAAUAUAAAUCACCAGAAUUAUUCCACAAACGCGUGAAGGCCCGCGUUGAUGCAUUCACGAAAUGCACUUCUACUUAUGGAAGCAUACGCCCCUGUGUGUACCACAGAUUUGGACAACAAGAUGGCGUCGAAGAUAACAUUGCAAGGAUGAGUGUCACGGAUGGAAUGUACUCCGUGCUCAUAGAAGACUGGGUGAAAGUGUUUUCCCAUGAAGCUAUACUAGUGCUACGGAUGGAAGACAUGCCUCCGACAAUGGAGGAUACAAUGAAACGUGUAUUGAUACAUUUAGGCAUACGUAGAUUCGAUAAAGUCUCACUUCGGGGAUCUAUGACAGAGGACAUAGAUAAGAUGAGACGAGUGAGGCACAGAAAGGUCCCUGAUAUGUGGAACAGUACACGAAAAAUGCUACAGGAUUUCUAUCGACCCUUUAAUAAGCACUUGUCUGAUCUUACACACAAUUCAAAAUACAACUGGGGUUACUAACGAUAUGAAUUCAAAUCGAAAACUGGAUCCAUUCACGCACUCUCUAAAGUGCCCUCUCUAACACUCUUGCUUCGUCAAGCUUCGGAUCCAAACCCAAACCAUUUCUGCGUUGAGUUAGAUAUAAAUUGUGUGUAAUUACGGAUAUUUGAAAGUAUUAACUAUGGUGUUUUUGAACAAUAUACAUCAUUGAUGUAAUUUGUGUUAUUUGUGAGAACAUUUUGAUAUAUAUUUGGUUUUUGCUAUGCCUGUUGUUUUUGCAUCG